UGUUAUCUGAAUCGGACUUUGUCUCCGUUUGUUUUAACCCUCUGUAGGAUUACGGGACUCUGCAGCUGAGUUUUUGGAAGGAUCACAGCUGGACCGAGCAGUCGGGCAGAGACGGAUCGUGACUGCUGAGGUGCAGCCGGUAUUGUUGCCGGCAGAUCUACCAGAGCUGCGUUUGGGUUAAAGAGCUCCCAUCAGCUGCACAGUGGCUGGCCAGUGACCCCGAUCCCCAGCCUAACCCCAUCCCGGGUCACCGCCGAGCUAAUAGAGGUGGUCUGGCCUGGGCCCGAUGUGGAAUUUGACCCCGACUGACCCCGUCCCAAGAGAAGCCUUUCACUGAGCCCCGACUGGGGGAAAAAAGGAAGGAUAAAGGAGCAAAGGGGGUAACGGAGAAGAAAGGAGGAAGAAAAGGGAGAGAAGCAAGAGGAGCAGCAGCAGCACAGCGACCGCUCCUGCAGUAUGCCGGUGGAGACCCUGCGGCCCUCAGACGGCCGUCUGGCCGGGGUCCCCUUCACCUCUGCCAUGCCCUUCAGGAUACUUAACAAGGGUCCAGACUACUUCCGUCGCCAGGCUGAGCCUGGAGCCCGUAAACUGAGUGCUGUAGAACGUCUGGAGGCUGACAAGGCCAAGUAUGUAAAGAGCCAGCAGGUGGCUCUCACUCGCCAGGCGCCUGUCAAACCGCCAAUCAUCCGGAAGCCUCUUGUCACACCAGGGAUGAUGCUCCAGUGCCAGAUGAGCACUCCUCCUGCCCGAAAAGUUCCCCGCUGCCCAGCUGAUGUGGAGAACAGCGGAGGGAGAGACGGGCAAGGAGGGAGACGAGGACCCGCUCUUAACUUGGAUAUAUUGAAUAACCUAAUCAACGAUGUAUGUGAUGGACCAAUGCCCUGUUCCCAGUCCUCUUCCUCCACCUCCCCCUCAUCCUCGUCUCCUUCGUCGGGAGCUAAGAGCAUCGGCAGCAGCCUGUCAGCAGAACAGGAGAGGAGCAACCGACUCCUCAACAACCUCAAACCAUUAAACCACACCACCAAUAACUCAUCCACUUCCUCUUGCACUUCCUCUCCGCUCAACAACAACCUCGCCUCCCCCGCGGUCGAGCCGGCCCGUCGUCCGCCCCCUGUCCCCGCUCGAGCGCCCCGCAUCGUGGUCCCGGCGCCCUACAGCUCCCCAAACUCAGUGACAGUUCGAAGGGUGGACGUUCGGCCUCACGCUGACAUAAGGAAACCCCAGAGGCCUCAGCUGCAGCCUCAGCUCAGGCCCAGACAGACUGCGCAGGGCCAGGUAGCGCACCCCCAGGUCCCACCACCGCCACCUCCUUCAGCCCCUCAAAACCAACCCCAACUUCACCCUCAGAUCAACAUCCCUACACAAACCCUCCCCCCCCCUCCAGCUUACCUACCGCCCAGCCCCAUGCUGAUCCGGGCGGGUAUGAUCCCCCCCGCCUCCCCCGCUUUCACCCGCCUAUCCAACGCCAGCUCCAAGGGUUCGGCCCGCAAGCACCCGUCCUUACACCGCUCCAAGUCGGACCUGAGCGACCGCUACUCGCGAGCCACGGCCGACCUGGAGCGCUUCUUCAACUACUGCGGGCUGGACCCGGACGAGGUGGACGGGAUGGGAGGGGUGGAGCGCUUCACCAGAGCCAACUCGGACAUAGUCUCCAUCUCCAAGCUCCGCAGCGUCAGCACGCCCAGCUCGGAGUGCGGGGAGGACGCGGAGCGGGCCAGGGAGGAGGCGGGAGACGAGGACGACGAGGACGGUCCCGCCAGGGGGAACGAGCGAGUCCCCUACGGCAUCUCGGUCAUAGAGAGGAACGCUCGAGUCAUCAAGUGGCUGUACGGCAUCCGUCAGGCACGAGACUCCAACAGCGCCGUCUCUAACGUGUAGACUGACAAGAGCUCAAAAGGACUCAAAGGACACAAACAGGGAAGCAGUACUUUUUUUUUGUAUGUGUGAAGAGGGGAAGCCCAGCUGUUCAUCUUCUGCUGCCUUACAUCACCUUUACGGAUAAUCCUCUAGUUGUUUUUUUCUGUUUCCUGUGAAAAGACUCACUUGUUUGGAAAUUACACAUCCGUGAUUUUUUUUUAAAAAUUAAAUCUGGGCUGCAACUCAGAACUGCUUCCCUGGAGACUAAACGGAUGAUACGUUACCCUUUUACUUCACUUGAUCUUGUAUAACAAUAUCGGUAUACGAAAGCAAUAAUAGAUUGGUGUAAAUGAUGAUGGUGAGGAUGAAGGCAGAUGAUAGAAGUUUCUCAUGCUAAGGUACUCAAUGUGUGUGUGUGUGUGUGUGUGUGUAUGUGUGUGUUUGUGUGUGAGUGUGUACAUAUAUAUAUAUAUAUGUGUGUGUGUGUGUGUGUACCAGAAAGCUACGCAGCACAAAGCCAGACUGGAACUCGGCUAGAGACUCUUAAGCUACACGGUGCAGCGACUGUUGAGCGAGCCAGGAAGAGAACCAUAUUGAUACUGUGAAACCUCUCACACACACACACACACACACACACACACACACACACACACACACACACACACAUAGAAAGAGAAAAGAAAAAAAGCUACCAUAAACACAUUUUUUGUAUUUUCAAAAACUUUUUUUUUUGGCUGCAAGACUGUUAUGAUACAAAUUUUCUGUCUGCAUGCGAGUGAAACAAGUGUACACAUAAAUUUUUACGGUAUGUCAUCUCAACAAAGCACAUGCAUCACUCUCACAGAUAAUCACUUCACUGCACAGACAUACAUUCAGGUCAGUUCCAUUGAACACGGCAGCAGCUGCAGUCAGUGUUCUCUGUAUAUCCGACUCUAACAUUGUUUAGCUCAUUCGCAUCAGAAACACAGUCUCAUGUCUCGGAUUACGCUGCACUGGUGCGGCUGGAGAAAUCUGUUUACUACGUAUGUCUCGGCACAGAUGAGAGAGCAGGUCAUAUGAUGAGGGAUGAUCUCAUAAGUGGAUGGUUUGAAAAGUAAGUGUAGCAUGACGAAAGUUAAUUUGGUUCUCUGGAGUCAUGGAGAGGAAAAUGAAAGGAUGCGUAAAAGGAAGGCGAGAGAGUAUACUCAUAGAUAAUAGAGGAUCUAUGAUGUAUAAAUAUGUCUGUGGAUCUGAAAGUGUCUCAGGAAGAUGGCAUACUAAUAAAAAAAAAAUGGACCAAUAUUUAUUUGGAAAAUGUAAUUUAUGUAUUUUUUAAUAUCAGACAACUUUGUGUACAGAAUUCAGUCUUUUUUUUGCUCUGAAGUGCAAUCUGAUCAUAUCUACUUAAAAAAAAAGACAGUAUAUGUAGGAGGUCACAUUUAAAUUCAUACACACAUGUACCAAUAAAUACAAGCACCAGUCACAUGAUCAGUGUGAACGUUACAAACAGGAGGGGGGGGGGGGCGCUACAGAAAAGAAAGCGAUACAGUUGUGUAUUUAUUGGAGAGGAGGUGUGUGUGUCUCCUCUGUACAGGUUCUCCACACUCUGCAUCUGCUUCCUCAGGAUAUUCAGUGUGAGCACCAGUCAGGUUUUUCUCUCUUCCUAUACCUGUUCCUGUCAGGUAGAUGAAGAGAGAGCGUACAGUGGCGGUCAGAUCAGAAGUCUGGAGAACAUGACAGAACAAAAAAAAGUGUGCUGUUGUAUCCGGCACCUGGAUGCCCAAAGAGUCUUCAAGUGAGAAAUCCAAAAUGCUUUACUAUGGUGUAUUCUGAACAAGUAAUAAAAGAAAAAUCUU